AUGUCGCAACAAACACGUACGUUUCCCAUCAUUGCUCUCACCGACACCACUGACAUUUUAUCCCAGCUCAAAUGCGAUGAAGGAAAACCAGAUUGCAACGUCUGCCUCUCCCGCGGCGUCCAAUGCGGCGGCUACCAACGCGGUCUCCGCUGGUCAACCAAGCAUGAGAAAACAGCCGAACUAGCCGAUCACAAGUUCCGACCCUCAGCAUCACCAUGUCCUUCUGUAAAAAAGCGCAGGGGACGACCACCUAAGAAACAAGUUGAUACAGCGUCCAUGUCGUCUUUCGCUACAGCCAGUUCAGAGUUCAGUCCGACUGAGCAGGGCACAUUUGGAGAGUUUAUGCUUGACGCAUCGCCACAGUCUAUCGAGUUUGGUCAGAACUCUCACCUUCAGGAGACGCAAAUGAGUCCGGCCGAAGACUUCAUGGCGCAGUUUCCUAUGGAUCUUCCUGUCGAGGGAAUCGAGUUUGGCUGGACACCUGAUGCCUUGGAUUUGACGCCGACACAGGACUUUACGGAGAACAACGAACUCGCCCUCUUUCCCAUGCAGCAAAACUACUCAACGUUAUUCCUUCCUCCACCCAUUACCGACCUCUCAUCACAGCUCGUCGAAUACUGGUUCCGUGAUGUCUGCUCUCUCUGGUCUCAAUACGACUCGCCCACUAACUCCAACCGCAUGAUGGCCACAGCACUCUGGUCCACAUCCGAAGCCGUCUCAACAAGCCUUCAAAGCAUGUCCUCCGCCUACCUCUCAUCCCGUAUGCCGCACAUGAAGAAAACAUCCAUCUCAAUGAUGAAGAACGCCACAGAUGUCAUCGAAGCUGAACUCCGCGUCGUCAAAUCAUCACCAAAUCUCGACACCGUCCCCAUGGGUCUGAUCUAUGGUCUUUUCUGUAUCGGUACGAGUAUUUGCUGGUUGAACGCUACGCAGCUGGGCAUACCGUUCCUGAAAGAGGCCAAGGCGCUGCUUCAUCGGAUCAACAAGCAGAAGAGAAGACUUACCGACGAAGAGAGGAAGCUACUGAAUGUUUUCAACAAAAGUUGGACGUAUUGCGAGAUGUUACUUUCUGUGGUGUCGGAUACGAACCCGUAUAUCACGUAUGAGGCUGACGAAGUGGAGGAUAUCAGUGUGGAUGAGUAUCCGACCGCUGCCCAGAUUGACCCCAUUGUCGAUGACAUGCCGCACCCGUGGACUGGUGUGUCGAAUACUGUCUCGCGAUUACUUACUAAAACGUUGAGACUCUGUCGGAAUUAUCGCUAUCACGUCAAACAUCCUGGCCCAUUCGCAACACGCGACCAUGCGACCGCAUUGAAAAUGAUCGACGAAGCGAAACACUUGGAGGAGAAGCUCUUGGGAUUGGAUUUUGAGUCUGCGCCCGCGAAUACCGAAACUGGAGACCAGAAAACACCAUGUCGACAUCUCGUCAACGUCGCUGAGGCCUACCGUCUUGCGGGUCUAAUUCACAUCUACCAGACAUUCCCAGAGCUGGUACUGUUGCGAUUACCAGAUCAUCUGACAGGCCCAGCUGAUGUGCACAUCCCAUGGGAAGAAUGCAUUGCACCGCUAAGUCUCCGUCUCACCAAGCUCAUCGAACAACUCCCCGCCGACUCCGGAAGUAAAAUGACCCAACCACUACUCUGCAUAACCGCCAGCACCGGCCUUCGCUUUGAACCCUCUGAAACCCCCAUCUCACCAGAAUCCGCACCACUCGCAACGCCAUCACCUUUCGAUCUCGGAAGUACAGAACACUGCGGCUUAUCAGACUACAUCGGCCAACUCGUCCAAGCAGACGAGGACAUCGAUCGGCUAUCCACGGUUUCUGAAUCGCGGUUGAAAAUCGUUGAUGCAAGGUGUUUUAUCAUUGGGAGACUUGAUGCUCUGGAAGCGCUGUUACCGCCUAGGCCUAUUGUGGUGGCUAAGACUCUUGUGGAGAAGAUCUGGGAUGAGUACGAUAAGGAAACGCCCGGGAUGGCGGCGGUGCAUUGGAUUGAUGUUAUGGAAGAGAACAAUCUGCGGUCACUGUUUGGAUAA